AUGACACUCAAGAACGGUGCAGAUAGGAAAGAGCCGGACCUCAAAAGCCGAACACAAAAUUUGUAUGCAAUCUUGAACUAUAAUUGGGCCAUUUUCCCUUGCACAGCGACAAUCUUCUUCCUGGGUGCCUACCAUGAGGUCGUUGUGCCUGACGCCCGGUGGACACCAGACUGCACCGUACUCGCCAUGAUUCUAGGUCCAUUCCUGCUGUUCCAGCUCCCGCCAUACUACACCCUCUGGGGACUCUGCCUCCCCAUACGACCCUUCGCGUAUGCGAAAGCAUCUAAAAAGCGUCCAUUCCGCAGUCUGAAAGUAUGUCUUGUCACGAAGGCGACAAAUGUGCAGACAGUAAUCCACACCGCUCAGCACUGGAAUCGGCUCAGCAAGAGGGAUCGCAUCAGCUUCCACGUGGUCGUUGACUCAGUGCCAAACCCUUUCGUAGGCAUGCUCCCUGACUUUGUGGAGCUGCUGGAGGUACCGUCUUCGUUUCGGCCAGAUCACGCAAGGCACAAAGCGAGAGUGCUAGAGUGGUGCCGGCGGCACUGGCGAUUGUCAGAAGAGGACUGGGUCCUGCAUCUCGACGAGGAGACGGAGAUUACGGAGGAGGUAAUGAGUUCGUGCUUGGACUUCAUUGAGCGGGGCGCCGAGGAUAUUGGCAUGGGAACAAUCUUCUACGACGCCCACAAUCACUGGAAGAACCCCCUCCUGACCGUAGCCGAGGCCCUCCGAGUGGCAGAGGACUUUGGCCGAUUCCAGCUGCCGGUCCGGCUGUUUCAACGUCCAUUGCUCGGCUGGAUGCACGGCAGCUUUAUAUUGAUCAAUGGGCAGGCGGAGAAUGCAGUCACCUGGGAUACAGAUUGUCUGGCCGAAGAUUUCUGGUUUGCGUACCAUGCUGCAAAACAAGGCUUCAAAACGGGCUGGAUCCAUGCCGUCGCACGCGAACAGCCUCCGGAGAGCCUGCAGGAUCUCGUCCGACAACGCCGGAGAUGGUACAGCGGAAUCAUGUCCGUUCCGGACUGGUCGGUCAGACUGGCAUUGGCAAUUCCGAUGCUGGAGUCUUUUGUGCAUUUGGGCUUGGCUAUCUACAUCGCUUGUGGCUGGAGGGUAUCGCUAUCGCAUCAUGCCUUUGUUUGGCUAACUUGGAACCUCUCUGUUCAUCUUCAUGGACGCGUGGUGGGGUGUGUGAUUCAGGAUCUCGAUUAUCCUGGAACAACAGCGCCGGAGUUAAUAUGGCAUGUUAUUCUGGUUGUGUUGCUGGGCCCUGUGGUAGAUCUGAUCCAGUCGGUAGCUUUCUGCUUGUCUCUGGCUUGGCCAGCGAGAGAUUUUGCGGUGAUCAAGAAGUGCUGAGAAUCGAGACCCUCAUCGGUCGGAAACAUAUAGUCUCUCUGAUAGCACUCUGCAGGGCAAAAUGCAUGAAGAGGGGGAGAAAACAAGCAAUCAUAAUGACCACGAUCCACAGCGGAAACCUCGAUCUCGUUUGCAGAGACUGACC